GUGGCAUUCUGCCCAAAAUUGACUGUUGGAGAAUGGAGUCGGAAUUUCGAGGCGAAGACUCUGAGGUUCCUGUUCCAGAUGACAAAUUACCAACAAGGAAUGAGGAGGACACUUCCCCUAAUCGAAUGCCCCAGAGUCAAGGGAAAGAGACUCCGCUGAAGGAGCUCCCAGUGACAGUUACUGCGGCAACGGUUACUAUGAGUCAGCCACUGGAGCCAGUGUCUCGGAGCGAAAAGAGAAACCAGACUCUUGAGGGCAGAGUGGAAUAUCCCAUCCACGUUCCCCACUACGCUACCAAUGUGACGAGGGCCAUAACACCGGAGGGGGCACCGAAAAUCACUCCGGUGAAGGAGCUCCCAGUGACAGUUACUCCGGCAACGGUUACUAUGAGUCAGCCACUGGAGCCAGUGUCUCGGAGCGAAAAGAGAAACCAGACUCUUGAGGGCAGAGUGGAAUAUCCCAUCCACGUUCCCCACUACGCUACCAAUGUGACGAGGGCCAUAACACCGGAGGGGGCACCGAAAAUCACUCCGGUGAAGGAGCUCCCAGUGACAGUUACUCCGGCAACGGUUACUAUGAGUCAGCCACUGAAGCCAGUGUCUCGGAGCGAAAAGAGAAACCAGACUCUUGAGGGCAGAGUGGAAUAUCCCAUCCACGUUCCCCACUACGGUACCAAUGUGACGAGGGCCAUAACACCGGAGGCGGCACUGAAAAUCGGCCGCGAAUACGAGAAGAUAAGUGGAAAUCAACAUAAGAAUGUGUGGGAAAAGGAACAGGUAGAUCUUCAAUGUGAGAGAAUGAGACAAGAACUCGCCAGGAAAGAAAAAGAACUAGAACUAUUCAUGAUUGAGAGAGAAAAAAUAAGGAGACUGAGAAAUACUUUCGCGAUCUCAGAAGAAAAAGAUUGUGAGCAGAAACAGAAUGCAACAAACAACAAAGCGUGUGACAAAAGAUACAUUUAAAGCUAAGUCAACGGUAUGAAUAUUAUGCAGAUGAAGACUGCUUUAAUGCUAUUUCAUUUCAUACUGUCAUUAGGAACAACAUCAGUUAUGUACAAACUUGGGAAAUGUAAGCAAUGUAUGCUCAUGUUAAUUUAGAGUCCUAAAUAAUGUGUAGUAAUAGGCCUUUGGAAAAUUAUGAAACAUUGGCUAAGGAAUUCCUUUUUUGGGAACAAAGUACAGUUGAACCCUCAUUAUUAUUUGUCUUUAGGUUGGUAUAUUCUUACAAUAAAUUUUGAAACCUCUCAAAUUGGAGAGAUAUGAACUUUGAGCAGAAAAUUUUGCUCAAGUAUUCACAUAAUAUCUCUGCUCUAAUCUAAGGAAAGAAUUACGAACUUUACAAUACAUGAAUCAUUAAAAUAAAAUAAAUUUAUAUAGAAAAUGCUUUAGUUCAGAUCAUUCACCAGAUGUAUUUCAGAUCAAUCAUAAGCUUCAAGCUUCCUUUUCUGCCCUCUUUGGUCAUGUGCUCACACUUAAACUGCGCAUGCAUGAUAUUCUCCUUCGAAAGCAUGAUGUAGCAUGCAGCAUGUAGAUGGAGGGAAUCCAAGGCAAUGUUUCAUAUUUGUGCAGUGGAUAUUUAGAUCAGAUUUCAUCCAGAGCCCCACUUAUCUUCAGCUUGUGAUGAGGCAGCAUCCAAGAGGUUACAGUAGAUGUGGUGUGACAUGCCCACUUCCCACUACUUGCUUGAGCUCAGUGAACAGCCAUGCACAUUGUGGUUAGGAUUCCCUUGAGAACACAUUUGGUGCCAUUCGUUCAUA